GAGUGGGGAGCCGGCGGCUGCGCUGCGGCGAGGAGGGACCGCGGCGAGAGCCUCGCGGCCGGCGGGAUCCCCGGGCCCCACCAGCCGGUCUACGGCAGCCGCCUGCCAGUCGACUUCAAGACCCUGCGGACGGCGUCUCAGAUAUCUGCUUGGCAGAUUAAUCAAGAAAGCAAGGAAGGCUAAUUUAUGUUCUGAGUACUUCCCUCGGCAAGACUCCUAUUACAGACUGUAGGCCAAGUUUAUUGUGCUGUCAUACACCCCUCCUCCCAGAUAUUAUUCUGGGGUUCAUCCAAGGUCAGCAGUGUGAAGAUGACCAGUGCCUUCCUAGCAUGACGACCUUGGACCACAUAAUUGCUACCCAUCAGUCAGAGUGGGUCUCCUUCAAUGAAGAACCACUCUUUCCUGUCCCUUCUGAGGGGGUCACGGAAGAACACCUCCCAGUACUGUCAACUUCUUCAGACCAGUCUGAGAGCUCCUCUGGGGAGAACCAUGUGGUGGAUGGAGCCUCUCAGGAUCUCUCCCACUCAGAGCAGGAUGAUUCCUCUGAAAAAAUGGGCCUCAUUUCUGAAGUGGCCUCUCCUCCUGAGAGCCCUGAGCAGCCCUCACCUGACCUGGCCUCAGCCAUCAGCAGUUGGGUUCAAUUUGAAGAUGACACACCCUGGGUCAGCACCUCACCAUCUUCUAAGGAAACAGCCCUCCCAUUGACCAUGCCCUGCUGGACAUGUCCUUCCUUUGACUCCUUGAAGAGAUGUCCUCUGACCUCCGAGAGCAGCUGGACAACCCAUUCUGAAGACACCAGCAGUCCUAGUGUUGGCCCUUCAUACACAGAUCUGCAGCUCGUCAAUGCUGAGGAGCAGACAAGUUGCAGAGCUUCCGGGGCUGACUCAACUGAUGAGAGCCCAGAGUGGCAGCCAGGCAGGCAGACUGCGGGGAACCCUGUUCAAGCAUGCAAGGAGCACACCUCCACCUGCACCCACAUCCUGGACCCCUGGCCACCACCCCACGCCAGGAGGAGACCUGGAGAGGGACUUCCGGGGUCCUCUGCUCCCAAUGACAAUUCUUCCUCACUCCAGGAAGAUGAAGAGGUAGAGAUGGAGGCCAUCAGUUGGCAGACCAGCAGUCCAGCCAUGAACGGGCACCCUGCAUCUCCCGUCACCUCUGCUCGUUUCCCCAGCUGGGUCACUUUUGAUGACAAUGAAAUUAGCCUCCCUUCACCACCAGUCACCUCUCCUCUGAAGCCAGAUAUAACAUCUAUUACAUCUGUGGUCCCAGGUGUACCUUUUAACUCAACUGGGUCUUUUAAGAGGGAUCGUCCCAAGAGUACUUUGAUGAACUUUUCGAAAGUUCAGAAGUUAGACAUUUCCUCCUUAAACCGUCCACCUUUCAUAACUGAGGCACCACCUUGGAGGGCAACCAAUCCUUUCUUGAAUGAGACUUUACAGGAUGUACAACCCUCCCCUAUCAACCCGUUCAGUGCUUUCUUUGAGGAACAGGAGAGGCGCUCCCAAAACAGUUCCAUUUCCAGUACCACAGGCAAAAGCCAAAGAGAUUCACUCAUUGUCAUCUACCAGGAUGCCAUCAGUUUUGAUGAUUCAAGCAAAAGCCAGUCACAUUCCGAUGCUGUUGAAAAACUUAAGCAGCUCCACAUUGAUGAUCCUGAUCAUUUUGGCAGUCCAACACUACCCGAUGAUGACCCAGUAACCUGGAUUGAGCUGGAUGGCCACCCACCUGGACCAGCUCUGGCCCAGCCAAGGGACGGAUGGCCAAUGAUGCUGAGGAUCCCUGAGAAGAAAAACAUCAUGUCCUCUAGGCACUGGGGACCAAUCUACAUCAAACUGACAGAUAGUGGUUACCUGCAGCUCUACUAUGAGCAGGGCCUAGAGAAACCAUUCCGUGAGUUCAAGCUGGAGAUCUGCCAUGAAGUCUCAGAACCCCGGCUUCAAAACUAUGAUGAGAAUGGUAGGAUCCACAGCUUACGGAUUGACCGAGUCAGCUACAAGGAGAAGAAGAAAUACCAACCCAAACCUGCUGUGGCCCACACAGCAGAGAGGGAGCAAGUGAUUAAGCUGGGUACCACCAGUUACGAUGACUUCCUGAGCUUUAUCCGUGCAGUUCAGGACCGUCUUAUGGAUCUGCCGGUGUUAUCGAUGGACCUAAGCACAGUUGGCCUGAACUACCUCGAAGAGGAGAUCACAGUGGAUGUCAGAGAUGAAUUCUCUGGCAUUGUGAGCAAAGGAGACAACCAGAUUCUCCAGCACCAUGUCUUAACACGGAUCCACAUUUUGAGUUUCCUCUCCGGGCUUGCAGAGUGCCGCUUGGGCCUUAAUGACGUUCUCGUGAAAGGAAAUGAAAUCGUUUCCCGGCAGGACAUCAUGCCCACCACAACCACAAAGUGGAUUAAGCUCCAUGAAUGCCGUUUUCAUGGGUGUGUGGAUGAGGAUGUGUUUAGUAGCUCUCGAGUUAUUCUCUUCAACCCUUUGGAUGCAUGCCGGUUUGAGCUCAUGCGGUUCAGGACAGUGUUUGCAGAGAAGUCCUUGCCUUUCACACUCAGGACUGCAGCCAGCAUCAACGGGGCAGAGGUGGAGGUGCAAAGCUGGCUGAGGAUGUCAGCUGGCUUCUCCUCUAACCGUGACCCUCUCACCCAGGUUCCCUGUGAGAAUGUAAUGGUGCGUUACCCAGUGCCCAGUGAGUGGGUUAAAAACUUCCGCAGGGAAAGCGUCCUGGGGGAGAAGUCUCUGAAAGCCAAAAUGAACCGAGGGGCAAGUUUUGGCUCAACUAGUGUGUCUGGCUCUGAGCCCGUCAUGAGAGUAACUCUGGGAACUGCCAAGUAUGAGCACGCCUUCAACGCCAUCGUGUGGAGGAUAAACCGACUGCCUGACAAAAACUCAGCUUCUGGUCACCCACACUGUUUCUUUUGCCACCUUGAACUUGGUUCUGACCGGGAAGUGCCUUCCAGAUUUGCCAGUCAUGUGGAUGUUGAGUUCAGCAUGCCCACAACUUCUGCCUCCAAAGCCGCUGUAAGAUCCAUCUCUGUGGAAGAUAAGACUGAUGUCAGGAAGUGGGUCAAUUAUUCCGCACAUUACAGCUACAAGGUGGAAAUUGAACAAAAAAAGAGUUUGAAGCCAGAUUUUGAAGGAGAUGAAGUAGAAAAUCCCAAGGAGUGUGGAAUACAGUGACAAAGCCUACAGUGAGGAACCCGAUCCAAGAAUCAUGACAAGGGUGUCUUCCUGAAUAGCUAAGGUUUAAGUCAAUACCUGCUGUGGCCACUCCAUGUUGGGAACAGUCCCUCAGACCUUCCCAUUUACAGUCCCCUGUAUUUUAGCAGGAGCCCUGAGGUGGAUGCUGUGGAGAGGCUUGUUGAGUCUGACCAUACCUGAAGCACAUGGUUCACCUGACUUUUGGAGUUUAUUGUGUAAUCGAGCCUCCUUGUCUUUUCUCUGCUUAUAUCAGAGCCACUGGCGUAUAACUUUUUGUGACUGUUAGGGUCUGUAAAAGAACCUCCAACAUCAGUGUUGGCAUGAUUUCUUUCUGAUAUACAUCUGUCACUCAUGAAUUUCCGUAAAAAGAAAAAAAGCAGUCUUAAGAAUUCAUAUCUGGGGGGCUGGGGAGAUAGCUCAGUUGGUAGAGUGCUUGCCUUGCAAGCACAAGGCCCUGGGUUCAAUCCCCAGCACCGCAAAA